CCGAACAAAUGCUGUGGGCACUGUCGGACCUGGUGAUGGACACUAACGGCAGCUAUAUCAGCAAGUUCCGCUGGCAUACCGUUGGGGGAGCCCUAGAAGAGCUGAACACCCCUUUGAUGAUCCCUGGGUCGCUGGACCCCAAAAUCUUACACAUUGCCCAGCAGCCCACACCAAGCGCUCGACCCAUCGCUGACACCUUCCCGCUGCAGAAUGCCACCAAGUGCGGAGCGGAAAUCCUGCCCUAUGGCGACACGGAGAAGGUGAUCAUCGGGAUCGUUCUGUCCAUCAUUACCUUACUCACCAUCUCUGGCAACUGUCUAGUUAUGAUCUCGGUGUGUUUCGUGAAGAAGCUACGGCAGCCUUCUAACUAUCUCAUUGUGUCUCUGGCCCUGGCCGAUCUGUCCGUGGCCGUGGCCGUGAUGCCAUUUGUUAUCGUUACCGACCUGAUAGGAGGCCAGUGGAUAUUUGGGCAAGUUUUCUGCAACGUUUUCAUUGCCAUGGAUGUGAUGUGCUGCACCGCUUCUAUCAUGACGCUGUGUGUCAUCAGUAUUGACAGGUAUUUAGGAAUAACAAGACCAUUGACAUAUCCAGUCAGACAGAGCGGGAAAGGCAUGGCCAAAAUGAUCCUUUGUGUAUGGCUUCUGGCUGCAUCUGUCACACUACCACCUCUCUUUGGCUGGGCCAAGAAUAUCAACGAUGACAAGGUUUGCCUGAUCAGCCAAGACUUUGGUUACACCAUUUACUCUACGGCAGUAGCAUUCUAUAUUCCCAUGUCAGUCAUGCUUCUCAUGUAUCACCAGAUUUUCAAGGCUGCCAAGAAGAGUGCUGCCAAGCAUACCUUCACUGGAUUCCCUCGGCGUGGCGAUAUGAACAUGGUUGAAGCAGAUCACAGAGGGGUUAAGCCACGCAAAGAGUCAGAGGAAUGUACUAACUUUACCCGUCUUCUCAAAAAUGAGCGUACGAACAUGUCAAUCUUCAAAAGGGAACAGAAAGCUGCAACCACUCUUGGCAUUGUAGUUGGAGCAUUUACUUUAUGUUGGUUACCAUUCUUCAUACUUUCCACAGCAAGACCUUUCAUAUGUGGCACCAAGUGCAGCUGUAUACCAUUUUGGUUGGAAAGAACGAUCUUGUGGUUUGGAUAUGCAAAUUCACUCCUAAAUCCUUUUAUAUAUGCGUUAUUCAACCGAGACCUGCGGACAACCUAUCACAAUCUGUUGAGGUGCAGAUACAGGAAUAUUAAUCGUAAACUCUCUGCUGCAGGAAUGCACGAGGCUCUGAAGCUAGCAGAGAGGCCAGAACUGGUACUGUAGGCAGAGCAUGUUCUCUGAAACAGAAAUACCUCAGGAAGAAAAGAAUUCUCUUUGAAAACUAUUGUUGCUGUAAAAUGGGCUCUUAUGCUGAAAAUACUUUAUUCUUCAGAUAUCCUUCAUGCAUCAAGGAUACUGGACUGAAUCUAUAAACAGUUCAGAUGAGUA